UUUUUGUCAGGUUGAAUUCGCGGGAAGGUUUACUCUCCAGCUAAUUACCGAAAUAGCUGUCUCAUAUUUAAAAAACUAGGGCUUUUCUAAAAGGAUACUUGGGAUUUCAUCUCGCUUUCUGAUCUCUCACUCUCCCAUCUCCGGCCGCAAUUCCAUCUCAGUUUCUCCACAUUUUCUCCCAUGGUUGAAAAGUUGAAUGCAAUGGCGAAAAAGCAUGAAAAAAGGCCGAUUGUAUUGCCAGACAGUAAAUUCAAAGGAUCUACUUCAAAAGAUCUACCGUGCGAGCACAAAGAUAGUAGUGAUAGUGAAAAUGACUCCAGUGCAGACUCUCAAGAUGAAUUAGAAAGUUUCUCCGAUAUCGAUGACCGAGAGAUUGAUCGGUACCUUUUCAAUGAGGAAGAGAAGAAUUACAAGAAAAAAAUAUGGGAAAACUCGAACCGCGAGUAUCUUUUGGAGCAAGUAGCCAAGGAAUUAGCUGCAGCAAUGCCAAAAUCCAAAAAGGUAACGAAGCAGAAACAAGCUCAACAAGCAAAAAAUUCAGAGCCUGCUCAAUCUGCGGCAGUGGCCACUUGCCAAACGGUGAAAACAAAGAGGCUCAGUAGCAGAGUCAAUCACGAUUGCCUGGCAAAGUUAUUUGAAGAUGAACCGGCAGGUGAGCGUAAUCCCAAGAGAGUACGAUUUGAUCUAGCUUCGGAUAAUAACAGCAAAUUUCAGUCUAAGGUUGAUGAUGAUGACCAAGAGGAUGAAGACCAAGAGGAUGAUGAGCUGGGAUCAGGGAAUUAUCAUGAGGGUGGUGACAAAGAUUGGUAUAAUAAUGAAAAUAUGGAUGAGGCAUAUUACCCUGAUGAAGAUGGUUAUAAUUAUUAUGAUGAUGAUCAUUACUGAUAAAUUGCUAGAUGCUGUUUCUAUUGCAACCCAUAUUCAACAUGGCUGGAGGAGGCAUGGGAACAUGAAAUUUUUGAGUUUUUGUGGAUGUUAUUUUGUAAGCUGCGGCAUCAGCAUUAGGUGACUAAUGAAUGCCGAUAAUUUUGGCGAGUGAAUCCGUUUGUUCAAUUUUUUUUUUUAAAAUG